CACGAGUCUCCUUAGUUUCUCUCAAAAUCAAAAACUCAAAGAAAAAAAAAUGAGUAUUAAAUUUCUUCUUUUUCAGCAGAAUCAUCAAGGUUUCAAGAUUCUUGAUUCUCCUUCACUUCACAAAUCUUUGCCUUGUUUUCAUCAACACCCAAUUUUUUCAUUUCCCAAGAAAUGCUUCCACUCCUCAGGGGUACGAUUGGUGGGGUUUCCAUCAGCUAUACAAUCCACAAUGCCAAGUGGUAACUCAAGAUUGUUGGUUAGUAGAUGUAUCUUGGAUAAGCUCUCAGAUCCACUUGGGCAAAGUGACUCUGAAUCACUUGAGAAUCUGAAGCAAAAAGAAAAUGCCUUUUUGACAAUUUUGAAGGGAGCAAACUCUUUUCUGCCCCAUGUGGUUCUUGCUAGCACAAUUUUGGCUCUUAUCUAUCCACCUUCUUUUACUUGGUUUACCAACAGGUACUAUGCCCCUGCGUUAGGAUUUUUAAUGUUUGCUGUUGGAGUCAAUUCAAGUGAAAAGGACUUUCUUGAAGCUUUCAAGAAACCUGCUGCCAUUUUUGCUGGUUAUAUUGGUCAAUUUGCUCUGAAGCCUCUACUCGGGUAUCUUUUUGGCACAGUUGCGAUGGUCAUAUUUGGUCUUCCAACUUCCUUAGCUGCAGGGAUUAUGUUGACCUCUUGUGUUAGCGGAGCACAGCUGUCAAAUUAUGCUACUUUUCUUACCGAUCCACAAAUGGCCCCUCUUAGUAUAGUGAUGACAGCGUUAUCUACAGCUACUGCUGUUUUUUUCACCCCGAUGUUAACGUUAUUGCUUAUUGGGAAAAAGCUGCCUGUGGAUGUUAAGGGAAUGAUUUCCAACAUACUCCAGAUUGUUGUUGCACCUGUUGCUGGUGGACUGCUUCUGAAUAGAUUCUUCCCACAGAUUUGCAAUGCUAUUCGGCCGUUGUUACCUCUCCUAUCAGUUUUUGUGACUGCUCUCUGUGUAGGAGCUCCACUCGCUAUUAACAUAGAUUCCCUUGUGUCCCCUUCGGGAAUGUCUGUUUUGUUCCUUGUGAUUGCAUUUCAUUUGUCAGCGUUCAUUUUGGGCUAUUUUCUUUCCGGCUUAGCCUUCCACAAAGCACCAGACGUCAAAGCUCUACAAAGAACACUGUCAUAUGAAACAGGCAUGCAGAGCAGUCUUCUGGCCCUUGCUCUUGCAAAUAAGUUUUUCCAAGAUCCUCUCGUUGCUGUCCCGCCAGCAAUAUCAGUUGUGAUCAUGUCAUUAAUGGGCUUCUCACUAGUGAUGCUGUGGACUAAGAAGAAAGAAACUCAUGUUAUGGAGUGAUAUAAUAUAUUAUUAUACUAUAUUAAGAAUUAUUUAUUGAGUUUCGAACCGUUUCUCGAGUGGUCCCACGAAAAUUCUUGGUUGUCCAAAAAAAGAAUAUAUCUACACAAAUCUGUCUUGGCAGUGUUGUAAUGUGUACAACCUCAUGGUACAACUAAAGAUGGCAUCUCCAAAUGUUGUGUGUGGAAUGUUUUUUUUUUCUCUCUUCAUUCCAUGUGUAAUUUUUCAGAAGUAAAGAAAAUAUGUUAUACAUUUAACUCUCAUACAGUAUAUUACUCUUAGAUUUU